AUGAAGGGUCGAAACCUUUACAACAAAAAGCCGGCAGAAAUCCUGCAGCUGAUGAAAACCCAAAAUGUAGGACUAAAAACUGAUGAAUGGCGUGUAUUGAACCAUGUUAAAGGCAACAGUAAUGUCACAUUGGUUAUGUACAUCGACGAAGAGUCCCUGAAGAACCUGGACAAGACCAACAUGAGAGCAUGUAAACGAUGCGUGGGUGCAGCUUUAUCGAUAAGAGGAAAGCUAGAGAAAACUGCUGGAGCUGGCAACGUUAAAUUCGUCAACAAUGCCGGCGCAUUUUUCUUCGAUUCAAUCACGUAUUUGUUGAAUGGCAUUGAAAUGGAACAUGUGAAAGAUCCUGGUAUUACGAGUCUAAUUCGAGGCUAUUUAUGCUAUACUGAAGAAGAUAGUAAUCAUUUACCGGUUGGAAUUAUGUUGCCGGUGGGAAUUAUCCAGCAACUUAUACAUAUGGUGCUUUCUUCAUGA